CUGUGCAUCCCUAUAUUUGUCGUUCGUGGUUGUAGUCGUUGACGGUCUAAAAAAUUUUUGUGCAAAGGAAGAAAAAAAUAAGCAAACAAAAAGUCCUUUUUUACAUUGGAUUGUUGGAUUAAAAAGACAAAAGAUUGCAAGAAAAACGAACUUGGAAACGCGAAUAAUCUGCAACGAGACAGAAAAUUACAAAAUUGGCAAGGCUCGCUACAUCUUCUCUAUACCGAGAGCUAUUAAACCAACUCUUACAUAGAAAAGGGAAAACAACGAGUUCUUCGAAAUACACAUGUAAACCGAGUGCUUUUCGGAAAAACGAAAUUCACAAACAUUCGAAAGAAAUAGAGCAAAGCGUCGAGACAGGGAUCAACAGACGAACCUCCCCACAUCAGAAUUGCUAGGCAAAAAUAAAAAGAAAAUACACCACAAUCAAAGAAUAAAAAUCGAAACAAUAUGGAUGCUGAAAAUGAUAACGAUCAACCAAAUUCGUCAUCAGCUUCGGCAUCGGUAACGCCAAGUAGUAGCAAUAACAGCAGCAGUAGUAAUCUUCUGGGCCAUUUGCCAAUGUUACCGUUCAUGAGGUCAACGGACGAUGAUGAUGAGGAUGGUAGUGCCGCCAAUGUGGGCAAUCGCAUCAAUGAUAAUAAUGAUGAUGGUGAAGAUGAUGGAAUGCAUGAAGAGCCAAUGCCACUGCAGCAGGAUGAGCAGCAGCAGCAUCAGCUGCCUCAACAAUCAUCGUCGUCGACAUCGACGCAUGAGCCUGGCAUGGCCGUUGACAACAAUAUGCCAAUGGCUCCAACCGCAAAUGCCAACUCUGACGGCCUUGCAAUGGGGGAGGAGCCUAUGCAGCAACAAGAACAACCGCAUCAAGCUUCACCUCCACCGCCGCCACCACUACAACAGCCAUCUAAUUUAGAAACAUUUUCAUCAUCAACACCGCCGCGGGAACUGCCCCAACAGCAGCAGCAGCAUCAGCAACGUAACGAUAUUGCCGAUACCUUGGAUGCAUCGGCUGUGGUUGUGCCAUCAGCAUUAGGAAAUAGUGUUGGCCGUCAAGGAUCACCAGCACGUUUAGAUCAGGGUGAUCAGGGACCACCACCACCAGCCUUUGACUUGGACAACCAUAUACGAAUUGAUGAUAACGAUAUAGCAUUGGAUGAUAACGACAACAAUGAUUUUGACAUUGACUUGAAUGCUCAGAAUGAGAGCCUAGCAGCGGACAGAGGAAAUGCUUCAACAUCCAAUCGGGAGCAUCAUCAACAGUCACCCACGCGAACAGAAGAGCAGCAGCAGCAACAGCAAGAAACAUUAGAUAUCUCCCCUUCAGGAUCGGCUGGUACUUCAGGACAACAACAACAACAACCACCACCACCAACAACACUGCCUUUGUUGCUUUAUCAACAGCCACAACAACAACAACAACUACAAACUGAAGAAUCUAAACAUUUACCGCCGUCCUACGACCAUCGCUAUCACCACAAUCCCCGCUCAUACCACCAUCACCAGCAUCACUCGUCAAGUGGUUCGUCUGGUUAUCCAUCCUACGAAUUUGGUGGCACCACAAAAAACUCCAACGGUACCAACACCAGCAACAACUCAUCAGCAAUGUUUGCCCAGUCGAGCGGCAGUAGCAACAGCCAUAAUGCCGGCGAACGCAAUGGUUCCACAGAUAAUGGCAGUGCUGCCAAUGGUGGUGGCAGCCCCACUGAACCCGUUGUCGAUCGCCUAAAAUUACUUUAUCCAAAUGUCAACGAAAACGAAACACCAUUGCCGCGUUGCUGGAGCCCGGAUAACAAAUGUUUGUCGAUCGGUUUGUCACAGAAUAAUUUGCGUGUCCAUUUCAAAGGAGUAGGCAAACAAAAUAAUGAUGCAGCUUCUGUGCGUACUGCCCAUCCAAUACCACCCGCUUGUGGCAUCUAUUAUUUCGAAGUGAAAAUUAUUUCUAAGGGCAAAAAUGGUUACAUGGGCAUUGGAUUGACAGCUGAACACUUUCGUAUGAAUCGUUUGCCAGGUUGGGAUAAACAAUCUUAUGGUUAUCACGGCGAUGAUGGCAAUUCAUUUUCCUCCUCGGGUCAUGGACAAUCGUAUGGACCCACAUUUACCACAGGCGAUAUUAUCGGCUGUUGUGUAAAUUUCGUCAAUAACACAUGUUUCUAUACAAAGAAUGGCACCCAUUUGGGCAUUGCGUUUAGAGAUUUGCCGACAAAACUCUAUCCCACAGUUGGUCUACAAACACCCGGCGAAGAAGUUGAUGCCAAUUUUGGACAAGAACCUUUUAAAUUUGAUAAAAUCGAAGAGAUGAUGCGAGACAUGAGAGAAGAGAUGAAGAAAACAAUCUAUGAUUUUCCACUACCUGUCGAACAAGGCGAUCCUACAACAUUAUUACAAAAAAUGGUUAAUUCAUAUCUGGUGCAUAAUGGCUACAGUCAAACAGCUGAGGCGUUUGCCCGUACAACGGGUCAGGCUCUUAGGGAAGAUCUCUCAUCCAUGCGUAAUAGACAAAAAAUUCUAAAACUAGUUAUGUCCGGCCGUAUGGGACAAGCCAUAGAACAGACUUUGCGUUCAUAUCCUGGCCUCUUGGAGAACAAUAAGAAUCUAUGGUUUAUGCUAAAGUGUAGACAAUUUAUAGAAAUGAUCAAUGGCUCGGAUAUUGAGUACUGCCCCUCAUCGUCUAAUAAUAAAACAAUAACAACAAAUGAUAUUGCAACAACAACAACACCAUGCUCGGCUUCAAAUCAAACAUCGGUUAUACAAUCGACGAAAUCGUAUCAGAAUGGGAAUACAAAUGAUGAUACCUCCGUGGCGGCAUCAGCAACGGCCGUUGCCUCAACAAGCACCAACAAUACCCCAACCACCACCAGCACCAACAUCAUCAACAACAGCAGCAGCAACAGCAAUAAUAGUAACAGCAACAAUACCACAACAAACAGCAGCAGCAACAACAGCAAUAAUUGUAGUAGUAGUAGCAGCAGCAGUAAUGGUAGUACCACCACCAAUGCAACAGCAACAACAACCGCCAAUAAUACCAAUAAUUCAACAACAACAGCAGCAGCAGCAACACCAGCCACUGCCAACAACAAUAGUGGCGUUAGCAGCAGCAGCAGCAACGCAGAGGCGACAGCAACAAAUAAUGCACAGAAUACAAGCCACACAACUGUGAUACAUACAGAUAAUGAUAUAAAAACUGAAUCUAAUUUAGUUGAACAUUGUUCGGCUUCCGGCGAUGCUUCUAAUACAAUAAGUAAAAAUAAUAACGAUAAUGAUUAUCUUAAUGAUGUUGAAAUGGAAAACAAUGGUCACACUACAAAUGGAAAUAUAUGCAAAAAUGGCAAUACAAAUAACUUCAAUGAAUCAAUAGAUGCUGAUGAAGAAAUGGAUGUUGAUGUAUCACCAUCGAUUCGCAAAUAUAGUCAUGGCAUUGAACGCAUCCUGGAGUUUGGUAAAGAUCUAUCGCAAAUGGGCCAGCAGCUGGAAAAGGAAAGCAAAAUGACUGAUGAAGAGAGACAAAUGUUAGAAGAUGCAUUUAGUUUAAUAGCUUAUUCAAAUCCUUGGGCAAGUCCUUUAGGUUGGCAAUUGUGUCCAACAAAACGUGAGACUGUCUGUAGAGCUUUAAAUUCAGCCAUAUUAGAAUCAAUGAAUUAUGCAAAAUGGCCACCAUUGGAAUACUGUGUGGCCCAUGCCAAUGAAUUACUCAAGGUUAUGGCUCAGGCCUCAUUGGGCGCCUGUGGUUUUGUCAAUAUCUCGGAUGUGUUUCCAAAAAACUGACCCGCUAGACCUUAGCUAAAGAUGAUUGAUGAUGAAUGUAAUGCUGCUAACACAUCUUGUCUUGUUCGGGAAAAUCAAAAUUGUCGAUUGGGCACGAUUUCAAAUAGAACAAGAACAACAACAACAACUCAUACACAAUUUCCUUUUGCCAGCAACAGUGGGGGUUUUAUGAGAAAAACAAUAACAAACAGCAACAACAAUAAUAAUAAUGCUGCUGCUGCUACUGCAAUUGUCAACCGUACCCCCAACAAUGUUGCCAACAAUGCCGCCGAUGCUGCAAUAACUUCCUCUUCAGCAAAUUGUUCUACAUCUUCUGCUCAUCCUCCACCACCAACUUCUCCAGCACCAUAGGCCUUUUAAAAAAUAAAGAAAAAAAUGAAAACGAAAUAAAAAAACAAGAAUUACUAUUGUCAAUCAGUGCAGGACAUACAGCAGAUUUGUAGACGAUAACUUUCUGUUUGCGUUUUUGAACUGCUGCUGUUUUUUUUUAAUUUUAACGGAUUUUUAAACACACAAAAUGGAUUGAAACUUUUUCCUUAAUAUUCACCCCCUCUCGUUUCUUCUUAUAUAUUUAUUAUUGCAGCUAUAUUAUUUUUAGUUACUUUAAUUCUUUUUUUUUAUUAUUACAAAAAAAUGAUGAUGUCUGAGACAAAAGAAAAAAAAAACAAAAAACAACAAGAGAAAUAUAUCAUUUUUAAAAUUUUACAAUGCUUAUGGGCUUUGGAUUGAAAAAAGGAUAUACAAAAGCAAAAGGAAUAAUAUUUUUUUAUGAGGGACAAGAAACCUCUUCCUGGUUCUAAUGACUUCUGUGUGAUAAUUAUGAUUGGCUGAAACUAAACUAGACAUAUUUUCGAAUUGAUUUGAUAUUUUAAAUGACUGGUAAAGGAUACUCUUUUUUAUUUUAGUUUUUUUUUUUACUAUAUUUUAAUUCCGAAGGCAAAUCUUAAUCUUUCUUUCCCCAACACCUCAAGAUCGAGCAGUGGUGUUACAUUUAUUUGUUGACCUCCUCUUCCAUGGGUUCAAGUUCAUUUGUGUUAAUUCUAUUUAUAAUUAAUUGUGUUUCAUUUUUUUUUUUUAAUUUCGUUGUCUGAGCAUAUAAGAAAUGGAAAAGUAGUAAGAAACAAUUAAAAACUCUAACAACUUUUAGCAAGUAAGCCGAGAAAUAGAGCAGAGCCGAGCAAAAGCAAAAAAUCGCUAAGUGCAGUGAAUGCAAUUUCAAGAGAAAAAGAAGAAAACAAAAAUAAAUUGUAAUAAUUCUUAGGUUACUUUUUGAAGCUCCUUAAAUAUUACACGAAUGAAAAGUGAAAAACAAAUUACAGAGAUAUUAGAAUAUAAGAACGAAAAGCCGAAAACAAAAUUAUGCAAAACAAAUAAAAAAAAACAAAAUCAUUAGAGUAUGGAAAAAGUAUAUUAUAUGCAACAUAAACAAGAAGAUUUUAAUUUUAUUUGAGGAAAAGUAAUCUUAUAUAUUUACGAACAGAAAAAAACAAAACAAUAUAUAUA